GGGUUGGCUGCUGCGCAGAUGCUGGAUGACAGAGCCAGGAUGGAGGCUGCCAAGAAAGAGAAGGCGGAGCAGAUCCUGGCGGAGUUCCAGCUGCAGGAGGAGGACCUGAAGAAGGUGAUGCGGCGGAUGCAGAAGGAGAUGGACCGAGGCCUGAGGCUGGAGACCCACGAGGAGGCGAGCGUGAAGAUGCUGCCCACCUACGUGCGUUCCACCCCAGAAGGCUCAGAAGUCGGAGACUUCCUGUCCCUGGACCUGGGGGGCACCAACUUCAGGGUGAUGCUGGUGAAGGUGGGGGAGGGGGAGGAGGGACAAUGGAGCGUGAAGACCAAACACCAGAUGUACUCCAUCCCCGAGGACGCCAUGACGGGCACCGCAGAGAUGCUCUUUGACUACAUCUCUGAGUGCAUCUCUGACUUCUUGGACAAGCACCAGAUGAAACACAAGAAGCUGCCCCUGGGCUUCACCUUCUCCUUCCCCGUGAGGCAUGAGGACAUCGACAAGGGCAUCCUCCUCAACUGGACCAAGGGUUUCAAAGCCUCAGGAGCAGAAGGGAACAACAUCGUGGGGCUGCUGCGAGACGCCAUCAAGAGGAGAGGGGACUUUGAGAUGGACGUGGUGGCCAUGGUGAACGACACAGUAGCCACAAUGAUCUCCUGCUACUACGAAGACCGCGAAUGUGAGGUCGGCAUGAUCGUGGGCACGGGCUGCAACGCCUGCUACAUGGAGGAGAUGCAGAACGUGGAGCUGGUGGAAGGGGACGAGGGUCGCAUGUGCGUCAACACGGAAUGGGGAGCCUUUGGGGACUCGGGCGAGCUGGAUGAGUUCCUGCUGGAGUACGACCGCAUGGUGGACGAGAGCUCCGUGAACCCCGGUCAGCAGCUGUACGAAAAGCUCAUCGGCGGGAAGUACAUGGGUGAGCUGGUGCGGCUCGUGCUGCUCAAGCUGGUGGACGAGAACCUGCUGUUCCACGGGGAGGCCUCGGAGCAGCUGCGCACGCGCGGCGCCUUCGAGACGCGCUUCGUGUCGCAGGUGGAGAGCGACCCGGGCGACCGCAAGCAAAUCCACAACAUCCUGAGCACGCUGGGGCUGCGGCCCUCCACCGCCGACUGCGACAUCGUGCGCCGCGCCUGCGAGAGCGUGUCCACGCGCGCCGCGCACAUGUGCUCCGCGGGGCUGGCGGGCGUCAUCAACCGCAUGCGCGAGAGCCGCAGCCAGGACGUGAUGCGCAUCACCGUGGGCGUGGACGGCUCGGUGUACAAGCUGCACCCCAGCUUUAAGGAGCGGUUCCACGCCAGCGUACGCAGGCUGGCGCCGCGCUGCGAGAUCACCUUCAUCGAGUCCGAGGAGGGCAGCGGCCGGGGCGCCGCGCUGGUGUCCGCGGUGGCCUGCAAGAAGGCCUGCAUGCUGGGCCAGUGAGGGCGGACGCGGGGCCACCGCUGGUCUGAGGGCUGGAGAGGCCCCUGGAGCCCGGCAGGCCCCUCCUGUGGUUCAGUGGCUGGAGCAGAGCCCCUGCCCUGGCUGGAGUGGCCGCCAGGAGAAGCCGGCACGGAGACUCCGACACCCCUUGGCUUGCUGGCUGGAAUCAAGUACCCAGAAGGGAGUGGAUCACUCGGGACUUUGCAGCUCCACGCUGCCUGCCUGGCCUGGGCCUGCCCCGGGAAGGACGUGUUCUCCGGGCCUGGCCGGGGAAGGGGUCCUGUGGAUCCGGCUCUCGCCGGGCUUCCCUGGGCGUCACCGUGCAGGGGAAGGCAUCUCCCGAAACUUGGCCAGAUCAGACCAGAGCCCAAGGGGAGUGAGGGCAGCUGUCACCCGGGUUGGCUUGUUCCCGCCUGUGGCUCUGGGGACCCACGGGAAAGGGCCCAGUAGCGCGGAAGUACUUCCCAGGCCGCAGGUGUCCUCAGGGGGCCUUUUCCUUCACACAGCCCCACCCCGAGUGGCUUGUGGUUCUGGCAUGACUCCUCACAGGAGAUGCCAGGGGACCCACAAAGGGGUCCUGGCACUAUCAGGGCCUGCCUGUGCCCACAGGCAGGAUGGCAUCCUUGGCUCUCACACAGGCCCAGGAAGACGCCCCGGCAGCAUCCUGCACAACUCAGGGGGCCUCCCCAGUCCCCUCUUGUCCUCAUCAGGACAUUCAUGUGCCACGUGACCCUCUCUAUGCCCCGACUGGGACUAUGGGGUUUUUAAUUAAAAAUUCUAAAAGGUUUA